CGUUUUUUGUGAAAUAAAUUAAAAACAAUUUAAUUUAAAAUCAAUUCAUUUUUAAAAUGUCAAACCAAAGGUUAUGUUUGGACUUCAUAAAAAAAAAUACAAACAAAACAUUUAAUACAGAAAACAGUUGUAGAAAGUUAAAUUCAAACAAACCAUCUAUUAUAUUUACGCCAGUAGAGCGACAAUAUAAACAAAUUACAAUUUUGUUGCUAGCGUGCAUGUUUUUAGCUGUUUACUUUUCUGACUUUGUUUUUAAAAGUGGUAAUAAUAUUCAAAAGCAAGAUGAAAAGUAUCAAAACCGCAUCGUGAGUUUAGUUUCCAUUAGAGAUGAGGAUUAUAUGUUGAAGAACUCUGUAAAUAUACACUAUUGGGACAAUAUAUGUGGAUAUGCUGUUGAAGAUUUGAGAAACCAUCCUAUGUUUCCUCAUUACCCACUUCGCCAGGAUACCAUAGAUUCUUUGAAUUUUAAGUUUACCGAAUCUCAAUUUGGUGCUCGAAUUUUUGGUUACAUUCAUCCUCCUAUUGAUGGGUUUUACGUGUUUGCAAUUAGCUCAGACGAUUGCUCCGAAUUUUGGUUGAGCAACGAUGCGGAUCCUAUUAACAUAGAACUUUUGGCGGAGGUUGGCGGGAUUUCUGGAAACGAAUGGUCAUAUGAAAAUCAAUUUGACAAGUAUCCUAGACAAGUGUCAAUGGAGGUUAAACUUUAUGCUGGAAAAAGAUAUUUCUUUGACAUUCUAUGGAAACAAGGGAGAGCACGUGCGCACGUUCAGGUAGUUUGGAAAAAACCUACAGAUGUGAAGUUUAAAAGUAUUGAGAAAAAAUAUCUUUCUCAAUACUACGACGCAAAUAGAAAUUUCGAAAAUAAAACGGUUAAUAUUAAUUAUCUAAAAGAUGACUUUAAAUUACCCGACCUUCCGAGUCACAAAAAGCUGUUUUUAAAAACGCACGAUAAAAAAAUUAACGAGGGCAAAAUACUUUAUCAAAGAGAUAGUGCAGAGUUUUUAUCACUUUCACAUUUAAAAUUUAAUGAUGUGAGUGAUGUUUUAACUACGUGUACGUACUUCCCAAGUUGGAUUGUAAAGACCAAUAGCGAUAAAGCUAAAAGUUUGGGUGAAUAUGAGGGUGUCCAUUUGCCUCACUACUACAAUAUUUCAACUCGAGUAUUUCCAAGAGAUCAAACAUGGGAUCAUUCAUCCGAAUGUAUAGGUGAAUCAUUAAAACUUAUGCAUUGUCAAGGCAAUCAAGUUGAAAACGAACUCUCUGCUCAAUGGCUGGUCAGUAAAUAUAUGACAGCACUUUCAAUAAAAUUUCCUAAUCGCUUCAAGUUGCACACAAUAGUUAAUGUUGAAAACGCUCAUGACGUGCACGGCGAUCGUUAUUUGAUUGAACUUGCGGUAGAAGACUUUCAUGACCAGAACAAAAUAGCAAGACUUUCUGUCUACGUUUUUCGUUUAUUUAAUUCAAAUGAAUUGUGUUACCCUGAAAAUUUUCAAUGGAAAAAUGAGGCAAUGGUUCAUUUGGUUCUUACAGUAAAAAAUCAAGGAGCCUGGGUUCAGCAUUACAUCGAAUCUCUAUCAAACGUCUACACAAAAACAAAGGAUAAUAGGUUUAACUUGAUUAUUGUCGAUUUUGAAAGUUUUGACGUAAAUGUGACAAAAUUAUUGACACGAAGUAUACUUCCUCAUUGGCAGGUUAUUACGCUGAGUGGUAAGUUUCAAAAAACAUUAGCUAUUCAACGUGCAAUCAAUAGUAUAAAAGAAGCAGACAGUAUAGCAUUGCAAACAGAUUUACAUUUAGAAUUUCCCAUCAAUUUCAUUGAUAAUACAAGAAAGCACUGCGUUCAAGGUAAAAUGGCUUAUUCUCCACUGCAAAUGAAACUGGCUUGUGGUAGGUAUUGUCACAACCCAGCAGGAUUUUGGGACAUUUUUGGAUAUGAAAUUUUUGGAAUUUACAAAAGCGAUUGGGAUAGAACCGGUGGGAUGAAUGUAGAAAAAUUUCUUUAUCGAGAUACUCGAGGAGGAGAAGAUUGGGAUUUUGUUGAUCGUGUGAUAAAGAACGGAUUGGAGAUAGAUCGUCUUAGAGUUCCUAACCUUUUUCAUUACGCUCAUACAAAAAAAGGAAUGUGGGACGACGGUUCCUAAAGAGUUUAACAUAUUAAAACUGAUAGAUCCAAUAUAUAAAAAAAAUAUAUUAAAUUUUUGAUGACAAAUAAAUCCCAUAUUUUAAUAUUUCAUAAAUUAGCAUCUUUAAAUCAAUUAAAUCAAACGACUUGAUAACAAUUUGAAUCUUGAUAACAUCAAUGCAAAAAGUAGCAUGUGGGAAGACGGUUCCUAAAUAUUUUAACAAAUAUUAAACAACUCAACAACAAUAUAAAACUAAUAUUUGUAUUUUAUUAGCUAAUAAUUUUUAAAUACUUAUUUAUAAUUGUUUAUUGUUUUUUUUUUCCUAAUUAUAAAUACUUUUUGUAUAAAUA